AUGGAACACCCUUUUUUCCUUUCGUUGACUAAGGUUGGACAUGCACCCGUUCCUACAUACACUGAUCUCAUACAGAGCUACUUAACUAUGUCGCUCAUUUACCAUCAAUGGCUUGUCAAGGCAGUAGACAAGGCUGAUACGCCAGCUGGAGUCGUCACUGUGUCUGCUGCCCUAUCGGCCGUUCGAAUCUCAACGACGAUGGCGGCCGAGAGAGGUCUUUACACUGCUCACUAG